CGGCAGCUGCACGCAGAGAGGAAAAACACACCCGAGUAGCUACGAAGAACGUGUGUGUUAAACUGUCAAUCCUCUGGGUCGAAUAACAGUCAUUACGACGAACGCUCAAAAAGGAUAGCGGUCCCUUUCCUUCCUUUCGACUAAAAGGACCCGUGUGGUUUUGUACAAUAAAUAAAUCGUAUUAUGUUGUGUGCUUCGGGGUUUGUAGGAUAAAAUUUUUUUGUUCGAGUUCAUACAAAACGAUGUGAAAAUUACCAAAUAUACCACGUAGAUUUCUUUAUGACACAUUUAAGACGUUCGGUUAUAAUUAGAUGAUAAAACGGAAACGAAGUAAUAUUUUACGUGCAGUACACUUUGUACUGCCACCACGAUGAUUUUGAUUCGAGCAAAACUCAAGCAAGCGUGUAAUCGUAAAUAGCUUACUAAACAACUAAGUUAUGAAAUAGGUAUCUUCCGGACGAGUCUAAAGUUUCACCUUGGUGUAAGAGUUUGACACGCCCCUACACUUUUUUCCUGACAAAUUUAGACGGAGCAUCACAGUUACAGUCUGACAAUAACUUUAAAGUGACAUAUUCGCAUUGGAGAUAUACUAAACUGCAUUUCUUAUUCCAAAUGAUUCGGAAGCAACAGAUUGUGUGAAUAGGCCAGAUUGCUGGAAAUGUUGGAAAUACUGCGAGGUGUUGCAGACCAAAGGCAAAAACAUGAAGAGCAUUUGUGAAAAUAAAUGUGACACCGGUUGUCAAGAAGCUUGUUCGUUCCACAACUGGCAUAGUUCGUCACAACCCAGUCCAGUGGUUGAAGCUCGAGGCGAGAAAACCCUUAUGAUUGACGCCGGAACGUUGCGGUGGCCAAAGCCAACCGACACGACUUCUUCCAGACUGGUUUAUGUUAUAAUGAGACGCCGCGAGCCAGGCACCCGGCGCACGUGGUCACAACUGGGACAGACGGCCGACUACAAGUUACGGCUACCAAAAACCACCGCCCCAUCAACAGUCCGCGUGUUAGCCGUUUCUGUCGAAGGCCUAAUGACCAUCUACAGUCCAGAUUCGUCGUUAGACAUCUCUGCUACCACAGAAAUCAACUCCGCAAUGUCCCUUUUAUCACCUUCCAAGUCUGCCGGUCCAUCGGCGCAAGAUCUCCGCGAUGCAGAUAUUAUCAUUAGAAGUUUAGGCCGCGAUCAGAUUCUUGGUAUCCGAUUGCCGUUAGCUGCUCGGUCGGAGCCUCAAGAGGAAUCCCUCAGAUUGAUGGGUGGUGAUUCUUCGGAUUCAACGGAAGCUUGGAAUUUGCGUGAGGUAUCUAUGAUCCAUCAAAAGGUUUUGGUGAUUGCUGAAGUGGCAUGGGACGCCAGACAAGUACGCCGUCCUGCUUACUUGGUCACGUGGGAAAUCGUCGGUGGAGGUCUGAAGGGCAACCUGUUUACGGAUACGACGUGCGUCACGUUGUCCCUGUGGCCGGACACCGCUUAUCUCAUACAGGUAUCACUUUUGGGCGGAGCUGAUGACUCUGUGAAAAUGUCCAGUAGUCCAACUUUAAUGUUAGACACUAGGAGUGCAGUUCACUCAACGCCCGUUGAACCUUUUGCGCCGGCAACAGAAACUACAACCUUCGAAGUUGUCAUGGCGGAUUCUAGUGAUAACAGUAACGAUUGGGCGAAGGAGGACGAUGACGUGACUGCUAAAUUAUCAGCACCAGAAGCAUCGGCCAGUUUAAGGCAUGCUGAAUGGCAACUGAUGGCCGCCGCUAGUCUAGGAGUAGCUUUGUUCCUUUUGUUGGCAGUUUUGCUUGUUUCCUGCAGGACUGCAUCUCCAGUCAUUUUAAAGAGCGAUCCUGAGUGUCCACCUUUAUUGGAUGAACUAUAUAAGCCUUCAUUGGGCUUGGGCAAAUAUUUAAAUCGAUGUCGAACGUACAAUCAAAGGCAUUUUGAUAAUGAUGUGUCACCGUCAAACCAAUUGACACCAGAAGUACUUCAUGUACGACAUUAAGUUGGUUUGCCCCUUAAGUGAUUGUCCUGUCGUCGUUUUAUAAGGCCGAGUCCAUACAUAAAAAAACAAAAAGUAUCGACUUGUGUUUUGUCUUUUUUUUGUAUAAAUCAAUAUUUUUUUUAAUAUGUUUACUUUGUACAUACAUGUAUAUUUAUUAGAGACUAUGUAAAAAUUGUUGUUGAUUUAUGUUUCCUAAAUUUUGCAUUGUAUAAACCUAUAUUUAUUAUAACUAUUAAUUUUAAUAAAUUAUACAUAUUCAAUUUUUGUACUCAUAGCGCGCGAAAAUCUCAUAAAUAUUGAUAUCUCAAUUUAUAAAAGAAGCACUCUGUGUGAUUUUUUACUGUUUGUUAAAGAAAUACACAAAAAAAUAAUUCUGAGAGAAUAAAUAAUUUAAAAUUGCCUGUUAAUAUGGUGAGGCGUAAUUUCUUAUUAAAGUAAUAGUGUGUAUUUUUUACAUGUUGUUGUCUAGUCAUUUUUGAAUAAUUCUUAUAAUAAAUUACGUACAUAUUGCAUUUUAAAUUGAAAGUGGUGACGUCACCACCUUAGGGAUCGAUUUUAAAUACUAUUUUUUAACUAUAUUGUUAUUAAAUACUUGUUUCUGAAUUUUUUAUUUUUAUUUGUUGUCCAUGAAAUGCAUUUUAAAAAACUAUUAAUUGAUGUAAUAUAAAAGUAACUAUGAAUGUAAAAAAUGUUUUAUUUUGUAUUCUGAGCUCACUAUAUUGUAAAAAAAAAUAUUUUGUCAUGCGUAAAAUAAAUUGCUGUAUAAUUGCUGUGAGUUGACAUAAAUUAAAAUUUGUCAACAAGUGAAAUUGAACAUACUAAAAAAUAAAAUUAUGUGUUUUUUCUUUUCUUUGUGAAGUGCGAUAACCUAAUUCUAAGUAAUUGGCAAAUUUCAGUCGAGUGGAUGUCAAAUACAACUAAUAUAAAAUUAUAUUUUCGAUGUAAAUUGUAUUCCAAAGUGAACUUUAAUCUUCAAAAACACUCAGAAAUUAUUUUAAAUUGCAUAUAAAAUAUUUAAAUUACGCACUCAUAGUGCUUAAAAAUAUUAAUUUCUUUAUACUCAAACGAAAUGAUUACACGUGUAUUUACAUCAACGAUCUCAUACAAUUGUGACUGUGGUUAAUAAAAGAAACUGUAAUACUUAUUUGUCAAAUUUUUAUGCGACUUUGUUAACAGAUUUAUGACUCUGAGAUUUAUUUAUUGAUUUAAAGAACUUAUCUUUUAUCAUUUUUGAACAAGAAUUCACAUUUAUAGUUUAUAGUUU